AUGACCUCAACAGAUGAAGAUUCUAAGUUGGAGUUUUCUCCUGAAACAUCUGAAGUAAGUAGGAAUCAUCGCUCGUCAUACCCUGUUACUGCAGCUUCGUCAACAGGAUGUACCGUCGAACAUUCAGUUGAAAAGCAUCGCAGAGUGAGCGUUGUGCCGAUCGGAGGUGCAUGGCGUUGUGCAACAAAUGAAAAUAUGACGGCCAGGAGAAUGAAUACAAUCAGCUCAGUUAGCGGUGAACGUCGGCCAUCUUCGACUACAGUCGAGGCUUUUCCUCAGCUCGGCUGCACUAUCACCGAUCGACGUCGGAUUUGCAAAAUCGCACUGAUAGCGCUUGCGUCGAGUUUAGUUGUACUCGUAAUUCUUGUGAUGAUCAUAGUUCGAUUUGCUCUACAUUCGCCAUGA